UGAGUGAUUCAAUUCAGAGGCCGGAUUUCAUUCUCCCACCCCUUGCAUCCUUUCUUCGGGUUUUGGUUAGCCAAGUUCACUGUCACUCUCCCCCGUCUCCUUGGAGUUGCUCCCCCCCACUCCUUUCCUAACUGUCGUUUUCAUCGGCUGAGAAUGUGAUUGGUCUCCGGCUCCAAGUUCGGACCGCCUUGGCUCUGAUUCGCCUUCCCGCCCCUCCAUCCACGCCUCUUUGCCGCCGUUCGUUUUGUCAUUAGAAGAGCCGCUUGCCAAUUUUAUCCUCUUGCCCCGCCCCCCCGUCACUUCAGGUCAGGAAGUGCGGUUGGCGGAGUCCGGAGGGGAAUUCUGAGCUAUGACGGGGAAGCGAGGAGCUCCCGAGCGGAGGCUGCUACUUGAGAUGUAGAGAUGGAGAUGGAAGAUCCUGGCUUACCCGCAGAGGGUGGGAUGGAUGUCCUUGAGCAGAAGGCUGAGUUGGCCUCUGCAGGGACAGGUGGCGAUGAACCCAGCUGUGUCUUGGUUGAGCAGGAGGAGCUGCCUGCUGCCGCCCCAGAUAAUGGUCCUUUAAGCACAGCAGAUGGCAAAGUGGACACACAGGAGGAACUGAGUGACAAGGAUCUGUCUGAUUCAGCCUCCACAGACAACACGUUGGAGGACUCCAGCGAGUUUAGCCGUCCUAUGGUGAUGAGCGAUGGUCCACCAGGACAAGAGGAGGUGACAGUUGCAACACAGACCCGUCCAGCAACACACCGGGAUGAGGAUGUGACAGCUGAGAGCUGGCGGGCACACAGGAAGCAUGUCUUCGUUCUAAGCGAGGCUGGCAAGCCCAUUUACUCCCGCUAUGGCAACGAGGAAGCCCUCAGUUCCACCAUGGGUGUCAUGAUGGCGCUGGUGUCAUUCAUUCAGAGUGGAGAUAACACCAUCCGAUCUAUUUAUUCUGAUGAUCACAAGUUGGUUUUUGUGCAGCAAGGCCCCCUGGUCCUCGUAUCAGUGUCACGCACUCUGCAGUCAGAACAGCAGCUGCGACAGGAGCUCUUGUAUGUCUACCACCAGAUCAUAAGCAUGCUUACUCAGGCCAGCAUCACUCGCAUCUUUGAACGGAAAAAGAACUAUGACCUUCGACGCUUGCUGACGGGCUCAGAGAAGAUCCUUGAUCGCCUACUGAACUUGGUGGAGUCGGACCCUUGUUUUCUGCUUGGCGCUGUGCGCUGUCUUCCCCUCCCAGCCUCUCUGCGUGAUUCUUUGGGUACUUUGCUCCAGAAGGCCAUCACACCCAAUCUGGUCUUUUCCAUUCUAGUGGCCCGGAGCCAGCUGGUCACCACGGUACAGGAGAAGGCGGUCAUUGAAGACUGCCGGCUAGAACCCACUGACUUGCACUUGUUGCUCAACCUCAUUGGGGCAACCUCUGCCUUCCAAACAGGGGAGAUCUGGACACCCAUUUGCUUGCCACGCUUCAACCCUGAUUGUUAUUUUUAUGCUUAUAUUUCUUACUUGGACGCAGAAUGUACUGUCUGCCUCAUCCUUCUGUCCACGGACAAGGAGUCUUUCUAUUCUGUUUCAGACUGCAAGAAACGCAUUGAGGAAGGCAUGAGGACUCAGAACUACCUGCAGGCACUGUCCAGUGGCCUAAGGAGUCCUUCCUACAGUGUGGGGUUAGUGGGGGUGCCUGACCUCCGGCAUUUUAUGUACAAGCCCCUGGAUAUACCUGAUAAUUACCGACAGCUUCCCCAGUUCACCAGCCCGGAACUGGAGGGGCCUUACUGCAGUGAGAGCGAACGGCACCGUCUCUUUGAUCUCUAUCACUACCUUCACGGUCGUAUCCACAGUACCUCACGCCCUCUACGUCUCAUCUACCACGUAGCUGAAAAGGAGACUCUGUUGGCUUGGGUUACGAGUAAGUUUGAAUUGUAUACUUGCUUCAGUCCCUUGGUAACCAAAGCUGGAGCCAUCAACGUCCUGACAAAGCUGCUGCGCUGGAUAAAGAAGGAAGAAGACCGGCUCUUCAUCCGUUAUCCACCCAAAUAUUCCACCACACCCAAUCCUGCUAAAGGGAGCAAGGGGUCCCGAACUGAUGGUGCUGAGAAUGGGUUUUUUGGAGGCCUCUAGGCCUGGGACUUCACUCAUUUGGAACUUCAUCUUGAACUGCAUCCUGGGUGCCCCCCCUCCCCGGACAUACAGGUCUUAGUGGAGGAACUUCUCUUGGAAUGGCAAGAGCUUCCGGCUUUCUUUUCCACAAGUUGGGCAGGGUCUUGGUGGGAUAGGGGUAAGAAGAAUCAGAAUUUGUUGGGCCAUGCUGUUAUUUGGGUGGUAAGUCCACAAAGCUUCUGGCCUGCUGUUUUAAAUUUUUAUUUUAUCUGUGGUUUUUGGGGCCAUGUCUUUAGCAGGAGAUGUUGGGCUUGAACUGAGGCCCUGCAGUUAACUGGAGAUGGCUAAGGAGUGUGAGACUUUUCUGUCUAUGGAAGUGGCUUAUAACUGGAAGGUGUAGGACAUUGUAUGGAUCCCUCCUGAAUAUAUAUGGUUUACACUGACAUCUAGUCUGCAGCCUAGUGGGUUGGAAUUCUCUGUGAGUGCUGUCACACCACUGACAGUGAUCACUGAGGAAUUAAAUUACUUUUCACUCUUCCCUUUGCUUUACCAGAAGUUUUGAUUGCUUGCUGAAUGCCACUAGCUUCCUUUGAAGAAGAAUUUGGAGCUUAGGAAUCAGGCUUGCUCAAUUUCUCUGAGUAUUAGAACAGUAAAAGAAUUGAACAGAUGAUAAUAAGAACCCCAGGGCUCUAUCUGAGACAUCAGCAAAUAGGAAGCACGACCAGAAUCCUGUUACUUAACACCUGCUGGUGCAAGUCCUGUAGCAUAAAUCUCAGUGGCAAGGUGCUGAUAUCUGGGUAAACACUGUUUAUUUCUUACUGCUUACCAGUUGUAUGACUUUGUGCGUGACAAGAAAAAAAAGCACCAGUUUCUUAAUUAGUGGGAAUUUGAGACUGCAAAUCACACAGUUGGACUUAAUGCCAUUAUAAAUAUACAACUGAAUUCUGGCCAUUUUAUAUAUUUGAAAAUGUUGCCCUUAGAAUAAGCUACUGGAUUGUCCAUAGUUUUUCCAGAAUGGCUGUCCAUAGUCAAUCCAGUAAAUGCUGUUGGUUUAUCAAGAGAAAGAUAUUUUUGUGCAGUACAUAAGUUAUAGGGAUUUGUGUUUACUGAAAAGGUAGCUGACUUUGGACGCUUUAAUGCUGCCUUGAGAGCACUGUAAAUGAAGAAGCCCAGUUCCAAAGAAUUUUUCAUCCUGGAACGAUCAGUAUUUUUUUUUUAAAUUUAAGACUCUUUAUAUCUCACUUCUUGUGGACUACAACUCCCUCAUGACUUUGGGAAGCUGCUUCAAUUGUUUUUCUAACACCAUGAGAAGCUGUUAUGUGUAUGUGAAGGAUAUUUGCAAUCCUUCUGGUAUUUUGAUUCCUUUCUAUAUAUGAUGACUUGGUUUAAACUAUGUAAUUAAUCAUGACAGAAUUUUGACACUCUUUUAAAAAAAUGUCUUAAGUUGAAACCUAACUAGCUUUGAAAGCUGUCUUAAUGUCCCUCAUAACUCCCUUCCUGUCUUUUCCUUCACAUCUUUUCAUCCCUUAUUUUCCCGUUCCAGAAUUUUGGGAGCUCAGUUGCUUUUCUGCAUUGAGGUGCCACUAUUUCCUUCCUGCCCCACUCCCGCAUAACUGCGUUCCUGUUUACUGUAGAUUUGGAGCUUGGGAAGGACAGACAGACCCAUGGUAACCUUCCUAUUUGGGCUUGGUACUGACAAAAUAACUCCUCUUCCUCCUGUCAGGUCCAUUUUCUCUUGGAUGUUCCACCAGUUGGGACAGUUUUCUCAGAAGAAGGCGUGAACACCUGAUUGACAGGCAAAAUAGUUGCAUCCGUUUCCUGCCUGAGCAGGUGCUGCUCUGCUGUGCAAAUAUGUGCCCUGUAUAAAUUUGCUGCUGCUCCACUGGGUCUGUUCUUGUCUCUGUCUUUCCUUAUUUUUGUCCACAGGGUGCCUCUGCUCUUUUUUCUGCAGCCGGGUAAUCCUGCCCCCCUGUGAUUUUUUUAAAUGAUGAGAUAAGGGGUAGUAUGUAUUUAUGUGUGUCGGGAAUAAGGCUUGAUUUAACCUGAGAUGUUUAUCUAAAGGUACUACUUAUUAUUACCAGUUAUGAAGUGGGCUGAGCACUGAACUGGAUUUACCCUAGUGGCCAAUACUGCCGUGUGCAAAAGAACUAUGCUAUUUUGCAGGGUCUGUUUAUUGCUGUUGCAUCCCUUCUAGGGUGUGCUUGCUCGCUCAGCUUGCUUCUGGCUGGCAUUUUUUCUUCUGCCCUGGUAAAAGGGGACAACAGUGACUCCAUGCACCAUGUGGCUGGCAGAAAAUGGGGGUUUAUAUUUCUGGCUGAACUGAUGUACUGAGAACUGGAAGUAUCUUAUUAAAUACAAACAUUUGAAAAU